GCUCAAAAAAUCUUGGCACGAAAAAAAUGAAAAUUACCCUCGCCAUUGCCAAAAAAAAUAUACUCCAACGACCUCGCCAUGCACAUAUAUAUAUUUACUUUCCCUUUAAAGUAUCAACACUCCACAGAUCUCAACACUUUCUCAUUCUCUACAAUCACACAACAAAACCCCUUACUAACUCCGCAGAGUUAACCUAUAUAUAUAAUGGCGAACGGCGCCGAUCCCUUUCCGAUGACGACACCGCCCCGUUCAGCCGCCGCAAGAGCAUCCGUCGAACAAGAGUCUCCUGUGGUUCCUCCUCCUCCAAGAUUCAUCCCACCAAGAAGAUUCGUCAAUCUUACCGAAGAGAAUCGAUCGUUAAUCAACUCACUUCGCUCUGCAACCUCUACACUUCAAGAAACGGACACGUGCAUGCGAUCGUUGCGCAACUUAAUGACUAGCGAAGAAGACGGUGGUGCGGCUCAGUUUAGAGAGGUGAUCUCAGAGUUAGAAGCAGCCGAUCUUCGGAGGAUGGCCUGGUUCCUGACGUCACACUCUGGUUACUUCUUGACCAUCGCAAGAAACAAGAACGGCUCCUACCGCCUACAGAAGCUCCUCGGGAAAUCAAACGACGUGGACACCUUAUUCUUCGCCGCUUUCUUCCGCAGCUUCCUCGACAUCAUGACCGACAAGGAGGCGUCAUUCGUUUUCAUUCAAGGGCUGAGAGUUUUCAGCAACGUGAUGAAGGAGGCAUUGUUCCCCCACAUUCUCGAGCACGCGGUUGAUCUGGCGUGUGACCAACACGGCUGCGUCGCGCUAAACCGUUGCAUAACCGAGUUGGACGAUCCUUACUGCAGAAUCUUUUUCUUGUACGCGGUCGUGGUGAACGCCCUCCCCUUCAGCUACCAUGCUUACGGGAACUUCGUGGUGCAACACGUGCUUGACCUAAAUGACUUGCAAUGCACGCGUAACAUUGCUGUUAACCUCCGUGGACACUGCGUUGAGCUUUCGUUCGAGAGGUAUGGAAGCUAUAUCAUGGAGAAGCUUUUGGAUACGAAGGAGUCGAUGGUUGUGGUGGUGGAAGAGCUUUUGAAGUGCGAAGGAGGUAGGUUGGUGAGACUGGCGAGGGGUACGUAUGGGAACUUCGUGGUGUACAAGGCACUUAAAGUCGCGCAGGCGGAGAUUGCUACUAGGGAUGAUCUGUUUUGGGGUUUGGUGAAUAAGCUCAAGCCUUUUCGUGAUCUCUUGGGUGCGUCUUGCUCUUACACCAUUGCAACAUUCUUGGACUCGAUUGAUUAGGUUUCUCUCCAACUAGUUAAUGCUAGGUUCUAUUGCUACGACAUAUGCUGAAAGCUCUGAGGUUUUAUGGUUUCUUAACUAAACUCUUGUAAUGAGAUAUUUGGUGUUUGUACUGAAAUCUAUUGUUUAACCAAACCAAGUUUUCAAUUCAAUAACAGACGGCACAAAUUUCAAAGUAAAUGAGGAACCAAAAAGCUUUGUUGAUGAAUUCAAUCAUUCACAAAUGUAAGGCUUAUUUAAAAGCUUGUUUCAAGAGU